UGAAACUUAUAAGGUUAAUAUAUGAACUAAUUUAGCUUUGAAUCUUUAGUCUUUGGGUUAAAACGAAAUUUUGUUGGAGAGAUGUGAGAAUAAGAAAUGAAAAAAAGAAGUCUUAUAUUUAAUUUCUGAGGGAUGUAAUUUUGUAUUUAAUCAAAUUAGGUGUAAUCUGGAUUGUUGAUAUCUGCUUGUUUGUAUUUGUUCUGUUAAUAGCAGUUUGUAAUUUGGUUAUCCCUAGACCCAAGCUUCAAAUUUACAAUAGACUAGGAAACUAAAUAAUGUAAGUUUUGAAACCCUAAACUUGAAAUUGAUUUCUACUUGAGUCAUAAUAUUUCUAGUUUUAUUUGGUUUUCUGUUUUCUGUCCUGUUGCUUGUUAUUGUGUCUCAUCUACACUCUUUCUCUGUUUAAUUGAGAAGGAGAAUUUUCUUAAAAGCUAUCGGUUUAUCGGAAAUAGUGGACCAUUAUCCGUUACAUAGUUCUUUGCAGCCCACUGCUAUUGAUGUGAAAUUUGUUCAUACCACUUUUUAGGUCUCUAGUGGCAUCGAAUGGCACCGCUACCUCAAAAUAGCGGCAGCGACACCACUAGGUUUAAUUGUUUUUCCCUUUUCUUAAACAGAACUCUUGGGUUCUUGCAAUCCCAUUUAUGUUCAGUUUAUUGCCCAUCACAUGUUUGGGAUAAUGCCUCAAUCUAGUAUUCACUUACUGACAGUUUUCUUUUGAUUAUAAGAUUCUUGAAACUUUAAAACAUUGAAGACAGCAAAAGAAUAUGUUCUAUCUAAGCUUAAUCGAGCACACUUUGCGGUUACCACCUCAUAUUCUUCACCUUCCUGUUGAUGAGGCUAUUAAGUCAGAGUUGGAAACCCUUUUCUUAGAUAAGGUUAUUGCAAAAUUAGGACUAUGUAUUUCAGUAUAUGAUAUCAGGUCAAUUAAAGGUGGCUUUAUCUUUCCCGGGGAUGGUGCUUCUACUUAUACGGUUGAGUUCAGAUUGAUUGUGUUUCGUCCAUUUAUUGGCGAGAUUAUUGUUGCCAAACUUAAAGAAUCUGAUGCUAGCGGCUUGCGCUUGUCACUUGGAUUUUUUGAUGACAUUUACAUACCUGUCCACCUUUUGCCGACCCCGUCCCGCUUUGAAGCUAUCCCUAAUACUAGAAAUCAAGGCAGAUGGAUAUGGGACUUCGGAGAUGCAGAAGAAGCACAGUCCGAAGAACCACGAUUUGUUAUUGAUGGGUCAGAUCCGAUUAAAUUUCGAGUUGAUAGUGUUAUUUAUCCUUCGAUUCCCCUUGAACAACCAGAGAAUUCGAAACCAUUUGCCCCGAUGGUGAUUACUGGAACGAUAAACUACGAUGGUUUGGGGCCGGUUUCGUGGUGGGAGGAAGCUGAAAUGAUUCAGGAGGACGAAUAGGCUCGCUAGCAUUUAGUCCUAGUUGUUUAUAGUUCUCAACACAAGGCUUGACAAAUAUUUUUUUCACCUGUGGGUGUUUAGAUCAUGCUUCUCCCUAACUACCAGAGUACAUGAGCUCCAUUUGCUUGUAGAUUAAUCCAGUCAACCCUAACCAGCUGACAAAAAUGCUUAAAAUCGAGGAACCCAAGUUGUAGUCUAUUGGUUGAGUGUUUACUUUUCUUAAAAAUAGUUUGUGUUCGAAUCUAUCAAUGUACCAAAAAAAACAAAAACUUAAAAUUGUCAACACAAUUUUUGUUGUUA